ACGGUUUCCUCGCUGGAAAUUGGGGAUUAGGGUUUUAUAAAUCUGUCAAUGCUUGCCUUCCAACCUACGAAAAUUGAUUCCCUCGAUUCCUACUCGCGAACAAUCCUAUAUUCUACUUCUUAAUUAUCGUAAGGAGGGUUGAUUUUUGGGUUCUGAUUUCCUUUAUUCUUGUCACAAUCGCAUUGCUUGCAUCCAAAGUAGUUUCAUCAUAUAUGUGUAUAUGCAUGGUUGGGGAUCUGAAGAUUUCGAGGCAUGUCUAGGUUAUUUGGAGAAGAAACGCGACUGGUUUCCAGAAUUUCGAUUCUUUCGAAGAAUUCGCACACAUUAUUGCCGAUGAGUUUUGCUGGAAUCUACUUUAGAAUCCGAUCAUCCAUCGAUUCUUUCUACGUUGCCUGCGAAGCGUUUUCUGAACACCGCCAACUAUAGUCGUUUUCUCUCGUUUUCGCUCGUUCGUCGGCUGCCGUUUUCUUCUACGUUUUACGGAUCCGUUACCUUGUAAUUGUUGUUACUGAUGGCUUCUGGAGUGAGUUUUUUGGUUCCUGAGAAUGAUUUUCUUUCGAAACUGAAACUGAAUGCGAGGCCAGAGCUCGAGGAUGCUGAUGUUUUGGAAAGAUGCCCUAACAAUCGUUACAUUCGGUAUAAUGAAAUGCUGGGGAGAGGAGCAUUCAAGACUGUCUACAAGGGAUUUGAUGAAAUUGAAGGAAUUGAAAUCGCCUGGAACCAAGUGAGACUGGAUGAUGCUAUGCAAUCUCCAGAACAUCUAGAAAGAGUUUAUUCAGAGGUUCACUUACUGAGAACGCUAAAACAUGAAAACAUAAUCAAAUCAUAUGUUUCUUGGGUGGAUGAUGAGAAGAAAACUAUCAACAUGAUCACCGAAUUAUUCACUUCCGGGAGUUUAAGACAAUAUCGCAAGAAACAUAAGAGUGUUGAUUUGAAGGCUAUCAAGAAUUGGGCCAGACAGAUUCUUAAAGGAUUGGUGUAUCUCCACAGUCAUGAACCACCUAUUAUUCAUAGAGAUUUGAAAUGUGACAACAUUUUUGUGAAUGGAAAUCAUGGAGAAGUCAAAAUUGGUGAUCUUGGAUUAGCAACCCUAAUGCUGCGCCCUACUGCCAAAAGUUUAAUUGGAACUCCUGAAUUCAUGGCUCCAGAACUCUAUGAAGAAGAAUACAACGAACUUGUCGACAUUUAUUCAUUUGGAAUGUGCAUAUUAGAGUUGAUCACUUGUGAAUAUCCCUACAGUGAAUGUAGAAAUCAAGCACAAAUCUACAAGAAAGUUUCUUCAGGUAUAAAGCCUUUGGGUCUAUCAAAAGUGAAAGAUCCAGAGGUGAAGGAGUUCAUAGAGAAGUGUUUGGUUCCAGUUUCUGAGAGGCUACCUGCAAAAGAGCUUUUGAAAGAUCCAUUUCUUAACCCUGAUAGUAACAUGAAGGAGCGUGUAUGCCAGCCUGUCAAGAUAAAGUCAACAAACUUACCAAAAGUCAACUUGUCUCCAAUGGAGAUUGACAAUAAGAGCAACACUAGCAGCAGCAGCCCACGUCUUCAUUCCCUUGAGUUGCAGUGUCUGAAUGAGAGAAAUGAAAUUAGACUCAGAGGGGAGAAGAAUGAAAAUAACUCUAUCUAUUUAAACUUGAGAAUAGAUGAUUUCACUAGUACAGCGAGGAACAUUCAGUUCAUGGUUUAUAUAGAUGUGGAUACAGCACAUUCAAUAGCUCUUGAAAUGGUGGAACAGCUGGAUUUAAUACAUGAAGAAGUUGCUGUCAUUGCUGAGCUGAUUGAUGAACUGAUGAUGAAAUUUGAGCCAACAUGGAAACCUUCAGUCCCAAAAUCCAACUCAAGUGGAAUCAUAAGCUCUUCGGAAGGUUCUAUAAUCAUGUCCAAUGAUGACAUGUCGCGUGAAGAUUGUGAGGUGGAAGAAGAUGCGUGUGAAGAUUUGAAGCAAGAACUUUAUGAUAUUAAUGCUCAGUAUGAUCAGUUUUGUAGUGAGUUAUUGAAAUGCAAGGAAUCUGCGAUUGCUGAUGCUAAGAAGAGACAUGUGUUGAAGAAGAAGGUUGUAGAGAUGUUGGUUUGGAGGUUUUGA